CUCUAUCCAGCUGUCGUCCAGUGAACGUGUUUUCUCUUUCAUAUCUAUUUUCAUUUUAAAAAGAAUUCUUGUUUGUCUUGACGCUAUAAAUUCGUGUGCACGGGAAAAUGUGCGUGUCGUGUUGGGUCGUGAAAUUCUAUUUCCAAACGGAUUUUUGUGAUUGAAUUUUUCUCAUUCGCUCCAGGAAAUUAUCAACUCAAUCAGAUUUUUCUUGACAAGUUUAGAAUUCAACUGAAACAGAAAAAAAAAAUCAAUCAUUUCCGCUGUUUUGCUAUAAAUGUGGCCGUCAUCUUUGACCGUGUCUCUGCUGAUGCUCAUCUUGCAGUGCGCGUGCCAACCGACUGAAAACGAGACGACGCAAUUGGUUGGUGUAGUGGAAGAUGAAGGCCAGCAGCCAGACAUAAUGGAUCAACAUCAAGAAUUCGAAUCAUCACAGACUAUGAGAAUCAAAGCGAAUGCGGUUGAACGGCCGUCCAUCACGACCAGUUCAACAAUCAUCACGGCGACGGCUAAAAACGUGACCGUCGCUCACGGCAAAACGGCCCUUUUGACGUGCAAGAUAGGCGUAGGCCUAUUGAUGGACAAUCGAACGCAAGUGGCGUGGAUCCGGUACGCUGAUCUGCAGUUGCUGACAGUCGGCAAUCAAACGUACACGGCCGAUCGACGUUUCAGCGCGGGUAUCAGUGGGAAUGGCGACGCCUGGUCGCUUCAAAUCAGCCACGUCCAGUUUCGAGAUGAAGGGGGAUACGAGUGCCAAAUUGGAGGGACGCCACGUGUCAGCCAUUACAUCCACCUCUCUGUCGUCGAACCGACGACAGUCAUUCUAGGUGGUUCAGAGAUGCACAUUGAUAUUGGCAGCACAAUUAAUUUGACUUGCCUCAUCCAGCAUACUCCCGAACCUCCUGAUUACGUUUUCUGGACUCACAACCAGCAAACGGUCAAUUACGAUUCGAAACGGGGCGGAAUCAGCGUGAUGGUCGAACGCGGGGCAACGACGCUCAGCUCUCUACUCAUUCAAAAAGCAGCACGCAGAGAUUCAGGUGUCUAUGUUUGUUCACCGUCGUCAGCACCGGCAGCCCAGGCCUCCAUUCACAUUUUAGAAGGUGAACGACCGGCUGCCAUGUACAGUGUGGGAUCGACGCUGGAGCGACGGCCACCCAUUCGUUUGAUGAUGCUCGUGUUUAUCGCGAUGUACCUGACGAGCGCACGUCAGCGGCCAUUCUAGAUUUUGAAGUACUCUUAUUUUCCGGAAAAUUAUAACCAAACAAUAAGUUUUUCGUUUUUUUUUUGUGUCUUGAGCUUCGUUUUAAAUCGACAAACUGCUGUUGGCUGUUUCCCUGUGUUAUAACCAUAUAUUCAAAUAAUAAUGUAUCACCGACGAAAAUAUCUUUCAUUUUUUGAAUUAUUUCGUUGGGAAAAUAAAAAUGUUUCUAGCAAUUUAAA